AUGGAAGAAGUUAAGCCUGUGAAUUUCAUUACCGUUCUUAGCAUUGAUGGCGGAGGCGUCCGAGGAAUCAUUCCUGGUGUUAUUCUUGCCUACCUUGAAUCUCAACUUCAAGAGAUAGAUGGUGCUGAUGCAAGACUUGCAGAUUACUUUGAUGUAAUUGCUGGGACAAGUACUGGUGGUCUCAUUACAGCCAUGUUAGCAACUCCAAAUCCAAACAACCGUCCUUUAUUUGCUGCCAGAGAUAUUGUUCCAUUUUACCUUAAAAACUUGCCACUUAUUUUUCCACAGAAAAGUGGAAUAUUUGCGCCGAUCAUGAACACAAUAAGAGAGGUGACAGGGAAUACACUUUUGAGCCAAACUCUCACAAACAUUGUUAUACCAUCUUUUGAUAUUGAAAAACUUCAACCAACCAUUUUUUCCUCAUAUCAGAUUGAUGCUGAGCCAGCUUUAGAUGUAAGACUGUCAGAUAUCUGCAUAGCUACCUAUGCUGCUCCAACUUUUUUACCAGCUCACUAUUUUGAGAUACAAAAUGAACAAGGAAGAGUGAUUAAAAAAUACAAUCUCAUUGACGGAGGUGUUUGUGCCAACAAUCCGACUAUGGUUGCAAUAAGAGAAGUGAUAAAAGAUAUGAUAAGGCAACCACAAGGGAGAAAUGAGAGUAAUGUUGGUAUAGGAUAUGAUCGUUUUCUUGUGAUAUCAAUAGGGACAGGAUCAAACAAAAGUGAGAGAAAGUAUAGUGCUAAAAUGGCAGCAAAAUGGGGAGUUUUGACAUGGCUAUUCAACUCUGGUGCAACUCCAGUUAUUGAUUGUUUCAAUGAAGCAAGCACUGAUAUGGUUGAUUACCAUAACUCUGUCCUUUUUACUGCUCUACAAUCUCAAGACAACUAUCUCAGAAUUCAAGAUGAUACAUUAGAAGGAGAGUUAGCUUCGGUGGAUAUAUCUACUAAAGAUAAUCUGAAUAAUCUGGUGAAAGCUGGUGAGAAUUUAUUGAAGAAAAAAUUUACUAGAGUGAAUCUAGAUUCAGGCAUAUAUGAAACAGUUCUAGAUAAAGGAACCAUUCAGGAAGAACUCGAUAGGUUUGCUAAUAAACUCUCCGAUAUAAGAAAAAAGAAAAAUUCCGAGCAUAAAAAUGGCAAGUGA